AUGGACAGGGCUGCUCGGAGGGAAGGCAAGCGGGAGCUGCCGGCGGGGGGCCCUGCCCCAGAGCUGCCCCCCACAGCACCCAGCCCCAUGGCCGACCCCAGCCAGGAGUGGAAAGUGGUGAAGAUCCAACGGGUCCUCAUCAACCCCAUCGGUGAGCCGAGGAAAGCAGGUCUCUCCCGCAGUGCCAGCCUCUCCGAGAAGGAGCUGAAGGAGGCAAAGGCACGGAGCCAGAGGAUCGCAGCACAGGGGGGGCUGCCGCUGAGCCCUGCGCCCCGGCCUCGGCAAGCAGACAUGGAAGAGGGUGAGGGGCAGGGGACAAAGCCAGAUCCCAGCCAGCCCAGCACGCCAGGAGAGGAGCUGCGGGCAAACGCCUCCCUGUGCCGGGAGCUGCCUGCUGAAGCCCAGCAGGUCCCACUUAGCAUCUACCUGAAGGAGAACAUGGCAUCGGCCACCACCAACGGCAUGCAGGAGCGGGCUGCCGGCGGGAUGGAGAGCAGAGUUGGGGGGCUCGGGGAAGUGGGAGCCCCUGCGGGGCUGAGCACAGCGGCUCUUGCCCUGCCACAGAGCCCUGAGGAGGGGAAGAAUGGCGAGGUGCCUGAUGAGGUGCCCAGCGCGCCGGCGGGGACUGCCACGGGGACAGCAUCCCCGGCCGGCCAGCAGCAGAAUGGGACAUGGGGCCGGCAGUACUACGAGGUCCAUCUCACCCUGGCCAAACCCAAGCCUGUAAAGAACCGGACGGCCAGACCCUUUGGCACCCAGACGUCCCCCGCCAGCGGCCAGCCCGCGGAGGGACCUCUUGCUGCUGAGAUGCCCCCACCACCCACCUAUGCGGAGACCCUGAGCAGCCCCCCGCCACUCACCCGUGUCCGCUCGCCCCCAGCCUACUCGGCCCUGUACCCCCCUCGGGAGCAGAAGAUGCUGCCAGGUCCCCCCCUGGGCUAUGGGGUGAGCGGACCGAACCCCCUGCCCAAAACGGGGAUCCUGGAGGAGUCGGCUGCCCGCAGAGCCAGCAAGAAGUCCAUGUUCACCUUCGUUGAGAAGCCAAAGCUGGGCCCCAACCCUGAUCUGCUGGACCUGGUCCAGAGCGCAGACAGCAGGAAAAAGCAGAAGGAGCAGGGGGAGCCCAGUGCUGAGGAUGAACCCUUCGCCCUUGGGGCUGAAGCCGCCAACUUUGUCCCCAACAACGCAGCCAGGGGCGGGCAGCACCUCCCACCGGCCGACGAUGCUCCGGCGUGGUCCUCCUGCCUCAAAUCCCCCACCAUCCAGCCCAAGCCAAAGCCGCAGCCCAGCCACAACCUCAGCGAAGCGAGAGGGAAGGGGGCUGAGCUCUUCGCCCGCCGGCAGUCCAGGAUGGAGAAGUUCAUCAUCGAGGCUCCCUCCCAGCCCAAGCUGCUGCGGUCCCCGUCACCCACCAUGUCCUUGCCUCCCUCCUGGAAGUACGACGCCAACGCUUGCCUGUCGCCCAUGGUCUCCAGACACGCCUCCAAGAGUCCCUCCAGGCCCUCCAAAACCCCCCCGGCAUCUCUGUAUGGCAGCAACCUGAUGGAGAACGAGGUCUCCCAGAAGGAACUCGAGAUCUCCAAGCACCAGCCCUACCAGCUCCAGUCUUCGCUCUUCAUCCUCUCCCCAUCCAAGGGGCCAGCGAGGUCCAUGCCCCAGGAGGUGCCUCCACCCAGACCCUCUCUUCCCGAUGCCUACCCCUACCCUCAGCAAACCUCCUGCCCGACCUCUCCAUUGCCUCCUUCCCCCGUUUGGCAUCCCCCUGCCGUCCCCAGUGCCGGCCAGACCACCUCCAGCCCCUUCCCUGGCGCUGCCGGGGCUCUGCCCCUGACUCACGGCAGCCGUGCUGGUCCCGGAGCCCCGACUGAGGUGCUGCUGGCCUCCCCGUGCCGCCUGCUGCCGCCCCGAGCGAAGGGGGGCUUCCAGGAAAGGCGGCUGUCCCUCCCCGCCUCGCCCACCUGGACGCCCCGGCUGGCGCGGUGCCCGGGCAGCCUGGACGGCUGGGCCAGCCCGGCCUCGGUGCCCGAGCUGGAUGAGGGACCCCCAAUGUCCCCUCCAUGGAGCGAGAGGUCUCUGUCCCCGCUGCGGCAGGACGCCGACCCCCGGGCCAGCCGGCAGAUGCAAGCACGGCUCGCCAGGAACAUCAUCAACGCUGCCCGGAGGAAGAGCUCCUCUCCCAAAGCUGUGGGGCCGGAGGGCUCCCGGCCCUUCACCCCCAUCCCCGCCGGCCCCCCCAGCCUGCCCCAGUCCCCCCAGCUGGCGAACACCAUCAACGCUGCCCGGAGGAAGAGCUCCUCUCCCAAAGCUGUGGGGCCGGAGGGCUCCCGGCCCUUCACCCCCAUCCCCGCCGGCCCCCCCAGCCUGCCCCAGUCCCCCCAGCUGGUGCGACUGGACAGCUCCAGAGCCCCGGCACUGCAGGCUGCCAGCAGCAUGCCGAGGAGCCUGGGGAGCCCCUCGCCCACCCACAAAAGCCCCCUGCGAUCGCCCCGGGCGGAUGGCCCCCAAUUUUGUGCCUCCCCUGGUAUGCCCCGAGCUGCCUGGGCAGAGGGUCGCCGGCUCCUGCUGCCACCCGGUGUGUCCUGCCCCGUCCCCAGGCUGUCCCCCAGUCCCAAGAGCCCCCUGCCAUCCCCUGUGGUGGGUGGGCGAUCCUCGGCCAAGCGCUGCACCUCCCGGUCCCCGACAGACUCGGACGUCUCCCUCGACUCCGAAGACUCGGGGGCCAAGAGCCCUGGCAUCCACAGCUUCAACCUCUGUCCCCGGGGCUGGACCAGCAGCCUGCGGCUGAAGCCAGGGGGGCUCCCCUCGGGGGCCCCGUGCACCUCCUAG